CAAGUCAAGAUAGGUUGUCCGAGUGCAAGCCAUCAAUCGAUUGUAUUGUGUUUAUUGAAUUUGCCGCCGGUUUGAUUAUUGAUCACGGAUCGAUCGAUCGGUCGGGCGGGCGGCCCCGGGGCAUCUUGUCCUGAAGUAAAGUCCGUUUGUUGGCGUGCGUUGGUGGGGUCGGGCCCGCUGGGACCGCGAUGAUGUUGACGGGGAAGAAGAGCGAGGAGAGACAAAGCGCCGGGCCCGAGGGCCUGGAGGCGCAGGCGGACGGCGGCCUGGGCCUGGCUGCCGCCGCCGAACGCACCCCUAAGAAGAAGGAGCGGGCGUCCCCGCACAGCAGCAGCAGCAACGAGGGCACGAUGGAGGGGGGCACGGCGGAGACGCCGGACGGCCGGAGGACCAGCAAACGCAAGCGGGCUAAGGUUGAGUAUAGAGAAAUGGAUGAGAGCUUAGCAAACCUAUCAGAAGAUGAAUAUUAUUCAGAAGAAGAACGCAAUGCAAAGGCUGAAAAAGAAAAGAAGCAGGUGCCGCCACCUCAGCCUCCACCACCCGAGGAGGAGAUUGAAAGUGAACCAGAAGAACCAUCUGGUGUUGAGGGUGCUGCUUUCCAAAGUCGUCUACCGCACGAUCGCAUGACGUCACAGGAAGCAGCCUGUUUCCCAGACAUUAUCAGUGGUCCCGCGCAGACCCAGAAGGUGUUUCUGUACAUCAGAAACCGCACACUGCAGCUCUGGCUGGACAACCCAAAGGUUCAGUUGACCUUUGAGGUAACUCACCAGCAGCUGGAGUCUCCUUACAACAGUGAUGCAGUACUGGUUCACAGGAUACACAGCUACUUAGAACGUCAUGGGCUAAUUAACUUUGGUAUCUACAAACGGGUGAAACCACUUCCAACAAAGAAGACUGGGAAGGUGAUAAUCAUAGGUGCUGGAGUGUCGGGGCUGGCAGCCGCUCGCCAGUUACAGAGCUUUGGAAUGGAUGUCACUGUUCUGGAGGCAAGGGACCGUGUUGGAGGACGUGUUGCCACAUUCAGAAAGGGAAACUAUGUUGCUGAUCUGGGCAUGGUUGUGACAGGACUUGGUAAGUGGAACCCGAUGGCAGUGGUCAGCAAGCAAGUAAACAUGGAACUGGCCAAAAUAAAACAAAAAUGUCCCCUAUACGAGGCAAAUGGGCAAGCUGGAGAAAGAUGCACAAACGUUCCCAAAGAAAAAGAUGAGAUGGUUGAGCAAGAAUUCAAUCGUUUGCUGGAGGCUACAUCUUACCUCAGUCAUCAAUUAGACUUCAACUACCUGAACAACAAACCUGUAUCAUUAGGACAGGCAUUGGAGGUUGUCAUACAGCUGCAGGAGAAACACGUGAAGGAUGAGCAGAUUGAACACUGGAAGAAAAUUGUGAAGACACAGGAGGAUCUGAAAGAAUUACUUAAUAAGAUGGUAUCGCUGAAAGAGAAAUUAAAGAACUGCCAUCAACAGUACAGAGAAGCCUCUGAGGUGACGCCGCCUCGUGACAUCACAGCAGAAUUUCUAGUAAAAAGUAAAUUGAGAGACCUGACUGCUUUAUGCAAGGAAUAUGAUGAACUUGCAGAAGCCCAGGUGAAGCUUGAAGAGAAGCUCCAGGAAUUGGAAGCUAAUCCACCCAGUGAUGUUUACCUGUCAUCAAGGGACCGACAGAUACUGGAUUGGCAUUUUGCUAACUUGGAAUUUGCUAAUGCAACACCCCUUUCCACUCUAUCAUUGAAGCACUGGGACCAGGACGAUGACUUUGAAUUCACAGGCAGUCACUUAACAGUACGGAAUGGAUAUUCUUGUGUUCCUGUGGCACUUGCAGGCCUUGACAUUAAAUUAAAUACAGCAGUUCGACAAGUCCGCUACACUGCCUCAGGAUGUGAAGUCAUUGCUCAGAAUACUCGUUCGAACAGCCAGACAUUCAUUUACAAGUGUGAUGCAGUUUUAUGUACUCUGCCCCUGGGUGUGUUGAAACAGCAGCCACCAGCAGUUCAGUUUGUACCACCCCUUCCCGAGUGGAAAACUUCUGCUAUUCAGCGUAUGGGCUGGAACCUCAACAAGGUUGUAUUGUGUUUUGAUCGAGUGUUCUGGGACCCCAGUGUAAAUCUUUUUGGUCAUGUUGGAAGCACUACUGCAAGCAGGGGAGAAUUAUUCCUUUUCUGGAAUCUCUAUAAAGCCCCAAUCCUAUUGGCCUUAGUGGCUGGAGAAGCUGCUGGAAUCAUGGAAAACAUUAGUGAUGAUGUCAUUGUCGGCCGAUGUCUAGCCAUCCUGAAAGGAAUAUUUGGCAGCAGUGCAGUACCACAGCCUAAGGAAACUGUUGUUACUCGCUGGCGAGCAGAUCCUUGGGCGCGUGGGUCCUACUCCUAUGUGGCUGCUGGCUCUUCUGGUAAUGACUAUGAUCUAAUGGCACAACCAGUGACCCCAGGUCCCAGCAUCCCUGGUGCUCCUCAGCCCGUUCCCCGCCUCUUCUUUGCUGGAGAACAUACUAUCCGCAACUACCCUGCAACAGUUCACGGUGCUUUAUUGAGUGGAUUAAGGGAAGCCGGUCGAAUUGCUGAUCAGUUUCGGGUGCAAUGUAUACUCUUCCCUCGACAAACUACGCCAACUCAACAACCCAGUAGCAUGUAACUUCUAAAAGGGAAGGAAUUAUAUUAUGAACGUCGUUCCAAUUAGAUUUGAGCUGGAAAAAAAGCUACUGCAGCUUUACAGUAGACCUGCUGUAGACUUAAUGCACUGGUUUCAAACUUUCUCCUCCUCCACAUUACUGCCAAGUGUUUGGGGCACCAAGAUCAUGAGACUGAGCCAAAAGGAGUAGCAUACUCUGGGAAGUGGGAGCACUUCUGACCAAAUUACAACUCAUUCUAAUGCCUUGGGUAUUCUGUAGCAUUAACUGCUGUGCAAAUGCGUCAGAAAUUUUGUCUUUAAGAGCAAGUGUGUGAGUGAUUGUGUUAUUGUUGUUGUUUUUUCCCCGGCCAUAUUAGUAUGAGCUUUAGGAUAUUUUGAGUGUGUAUUUACACAAAUAAACCUACUUUGAUGUGAUGGUCAAAUUUUUUCAUCAAAUUGGCAUUUCAUUUAUAGCAUGGUCACUGUAAACACUAGGGCUGUUCAUGGAGUAAAGUAGCUCUGUAUGAAGAUUUGCUCCAAUUGUAUCAAUGUUUACACUGCAUAAUAUUUAUGAAGAGGUUUUUUGGACCAUUCUUGCUGUAAUGAAUUUCGGUAGAUAUCAUGUCACCUAAUUUCCUUAGGGUUACUGUUCAUUCUAAGUUAUUCAAGAUGUCAUGUAACAUCUGCUUGUCAUAUUACCAUAUCUUGCUCAAUUUUUCUAAAAUAUGACUUAGAUAAAGUGUUACUUGGAAUGUAUUGAAGAUACCUAACUGAUAAUUCUGUAUAUCCUUUGUCACUCAGCCCUCUUACUUAGGGCCAGUUGAAAUCAAUGUCUGACUUGACAUCAUGGAAGAGCACAGUAGCACGUCACAACCGUGAGUAGUGGAGCUCUUCAGUCAUGGCCCAAGAAACCAGGAGCAGAGCUCCAAGUAACUUGUUCAACUCUCUGGUUUUAUUACCAAUUUCAGUUCUUCUGUUUUGUGCUGCUUAAUGGACCAGGAAUAUUUUUUUACCUUUCCCAUCUUUCACCGCCACAGUGCCACGGUACUCUUAAACCCAUUUUAUACCAGUAAAUGUUGAGUGCUGCAGCUAGUAGAACUGCUGGCUCACAGCUCCAUCGACUGAUGCAAUCCUGACCUCAGCUGCUAUCUCUGUGGAGUUUGCAUUUUCUUCCUGUGACCGUGUCCUCUGGGUGCACAGAUUCCCUGAACAUCCAAAGUUGUGUGGGUUGGUAGGUUAAUUGCCCUCUCUAAAUUGUCCCUAGUGUGAGUGGUAGAAUCUCAGUGGCAUUUAUGGAAGACUAAAAAUGGGAUUAGUGCAGGAUUAGUAUAAAUGUGCAUCUGGUGGUUGCCACGGACUCAGUGGACCGAAGGGCCUAUAUCUGGGCUGUAUGACUCUGACUCUAAAUGUUCUUUGGUUGUGAGAGUUUCACACUAGGUAUAGACACUUGUAAUUGUCUGCUUGUGGGUGCACUGUGUAUAUAGAACUUGCUGAAUCUAUUCAUUGGAGGCCUGGGUUUUUUUCUUCAUUAGUUGUUCUGAUCAAAUUUAUGCUGAUUCACCCUCUUUUAAUGAUAUGGUACUUGGUGUGCUUCAGGUAUGCUCCCUUCCUUUUCCAUCCCUUAGUCUCUGUGCAGUGCUGUGUGGUACAUUUUUGUUUUACAGAUAAGAACAGCGUCAGCAAAAGUUUAUUAAUAGGUUCCAUAAAAAAUUUGUUUUGGCUCUCACAACCUGGUAACAUCAGUAAAUAAAGUAUUUUUUAUGUGUGGCCAGUGAUGUUACAAAAUUCAGUGGUCGAUUUGUAUACACCAAGCUGCCACAAAUAGGAAUGUGAUAAUGAUCAAUGACUCUGUUUGUGAUACUGAUCAAGAGAAAAGUAGUGGCCACAAUACUGGGAAUAAUUCCAUUGUGCUUCAAAACAGUUCCACUGAAUCUUUUAUGUCUUCAGAAGGGCAGAAAAGGGUGAAUAGUUUCUUUUGUGAAAGAAAUUGCUUCUUCAAUGCUGCACUCAGUUAUGAUGAAAGGUUGUGAAGCUGAAAAACACUUUUUUGUUUUUUUUUCUAGAUGCUGCCUGAGUAUUUUCUGUUUUUUUAUUUUUGGUUCUAGCUACACCAGUAAUCUUAAUUGUCAGAACCACCAGAUUUAUGGCUGUCAUCCAAAGGCAGAAUAUUGCAGAGACCCAAAAUCUAACAUAAACUGAAAAUGUUAGUAAUACUUGGAGUGCUGCCUGACCUGAGUCUUUACAGGACUUAAUGCUCUGGUGGUACUCGAGGUCAACUCACGUUAUUUGCCCAAUUCUCCAUGCUUUAAAUAGCUGAGCUUUUCUGGUACCAAGUACAAGGUCAGCAUUGAUCAGUGUCUAAUAACAAGCACCACUGAAAAUGAAAGAGUGCUGGAAUCACCUGCCAUGUAUCAGGCAGAAAGACCAGACAGUUUUAAGGAUAACUUCAGAAAAUUGACAAGUAAUUUCAUUGUCUUAUCCUCAGAUUUUUAAGAUGUGUUCCAAUUUUCCUUCAUUCCUAUUCUAGCAACUUAUGCUUAUUGGAAUGGUCUGAGUAAUUUAUGUCACCCUGUUCUGUUUCCUGCAUUAAAACAAUGACUACAUGUCAAAAGUACUUCAUUGGCUGUAGAGCACAUUGAGUUUUAAAAAUGUACAUGCAGAAGCAACAUACUUUUUAAUUUCCUGCAGGGCUAUUCUUGGUGACUGGGCUGAGGAGUUGUUAAUGCACCUUCAUGCCAGGCUGCAUUGGACCUAAAGCUGUCAUUUUUAACCGCUGUUGUAAUGGUUUACUUUAUUGCAGUGUGCCAAGAUGCAAGGGUUUUUUUUAAACUGUGAAUCCUUGACACUUAACAUUGUCAACCCUAGUGUCUACGGUCAAUGCAAAUUAUGUUGGGCUUUUUAUUGUUGUAACAAUAAUGUAGAUUGAUUAAACUACAAGGAUAGUUUCUAAACUAAUGUACAUUGAAAUGCAUCUGUUAGAUUUAGCUGCUGUUUCACAGAUUUGCAUGAAAUGCCAAUUUGACUUAGCAUUUUCUGCACAUUUUAAACAGUGGAAAAACAGGGCACUUUUUAUUUUGGUUUGCCAGAUUGAGAGUUUGGCACGCAAAGAGCGUUUAAUAAAAUAAAAGCGUCUUAUUUGCUAAAUUCUAGAAGAUUUUGCACCUUUUGUCAUCUACGUGCUAAAGCUACACCUGUAAGACCACAAAUAUAUUUUAAAUAAAAAGUUGUAUGUAUGA